UGAAAGUAGUGAACCGAAUUAUGCGUUUUCUUCAGCUGAAAUGUCACUGAUGAAUAUGAGACACUCUCGAGUAAUACAGCAAUACGUCCUAAAUGAUUCACAAACAUCAUUUCGACAAUCAUUUACAUCUUUUUCCUGCUUUCCAAAGCAAACUAGUGACUUGCUGCAACAGCAUUUUACCCUUCUCCAUUGACAUCCUCCACCUUUUGAGGCAAGACAAGGUAACUAGCAACUAUAGUUUUUUUUUUUUUUUCUUUGUAGCUAGACACUUGCGUUUUACAUAUAGAUAUGUCAAAAUGACUUUGUUUAUUUACUAGCAAUCCAAUUAUAUAUUGUAACUAAAAAUUGCACAUGGCACCUAAUUUCGUUUCCUCUCUACCAUCAUAAAAACCCUCCUUAACCCCUCUUUACAGAUAUCAAACACUUAAUUGUGCAUUAACAUUCUUGCUUCACUUCUCCAACACUGCCCAAAAAUGCAACCAACAUUUUUCACACUGUUACUUCUUUUUCUCUUCCUCCAGUGUACCAUCACACUUUCUCAGCCGCCAGCCCCAUCACCAGUAGCAGCACCUCCAGCACAGUCACCGGCCCAGGCACCAGCAAAACACCCACCACACCAUCCUCACAGCUCUCCCCCGCCACCAGAACCUGCAGACAUCAUUCAAGUCCUCCUAAAGGCUAGCCAUUUCACCUCCUUUGCUCGGCUUAUAAAGGCGACUCAUGUUGAUUACCAGUUAACUGCCCAACUUAACAGCUCUAGUGAUGGUAUAACCAUGUUUGCCCCAACAGAUGCUGCCUUUUCGAAUCUUAGAGAAAGCGCUCUCAGCUCUUUAAAUGACAAAGAAAAGGUUGCAUUUGUUCAGUUUCAUAUAUUACCGAGAUUUCUCUCAACUUCUGAUUUCCAAACUCUGAGUAAUCCGAUAAAAACGUUGGCAGGGUCAGAUAGUCGAUAUCCAAUGACUAUAACAACAACUGAUAGUUCAGUAAAUAUAAGUACAGGACUUACAGAAACAAGUAUUGCUAACACUGUAUACAGUGAUAAUAGAACAGUUGUUGUCUAUGAGAUUGACAAGGUUCUACUCCCUAAAUACCUCUUUCCACCUGCUGCAGCGCCGGCAGCGGCAGCCAAUGCAUCAGCAGAGAGUCCUGAAAUUGCUAAAGAGGCUUCUGGUGCAAUCAGGUCUGUUUUGCAAUACAAUUCUGUGGUACUUGGAGUUGGCAUUUUUGCUGUAAUCUUUUGUUUAUGACACCAAAAGUGUCUGUUUUCUUCUAUGGUUCUUUAUAUGAUUUUUGGGGGGUCGCAUUGAGCAGUGUUUAUCAGCAACAAGGUGAGUUGUUUUGAAAUAAUUUCUUAUAUAUAUAUAUGUCACCACUACUGUUUUGUGAUUAAGAUUGAAUUGGAAAUUUUCAGAUUCUAUUUCUUUU